GAUGCGGCGGGCCGGAGCCGUCCCGAGCGCCGCGCGCUGACCGCCUCCCCCGGAGGAGGAGGAGGAGGAGGAGGCGGCGCUAGACGGUCGCCUCGAUUCCUGUUUGCCUCCCCCCACCCCGCCACCCCCGUAAUUACAUUGGCCGCUGGAGGGGACCGGGAGAGACGAAGGAGGCGCCUCGCGGCCCCCGCACGCCCGCCGCCCCGGCUCUUCCCCGUCCCGGGCCAGGAUGACUGGAGUCUUUGACAGUCUGGUGGCUGAUAUGCACUCGACCCAGAUCUCGGCCUCCAGCACCUACCACCAGCACCAGCAGCCCCCGAGCGGCGGCGGCGCGGGCCCCGGCGGCGGCGGCGGCGGCCUCCACAAGCCCCAGGAGUCGCCCACCCUCCCAGUGUCCACCGCCACCGACAGCAGCUACUACACCAACCAGCAGCACCCGGCGGGCGGCGGCGGCGGUGGCGGCGGCGGCGCGGGGGGCUCGCCCUACGCGCACAUGGGUUCCUACCAGUACCACGCCGGCGGCCUCAGCAACGUCCCCUACAACGCCAAGGGCAGCUACGACCUGGGCUACACCGCCGCCUACACCUCCUACGCGCCCUACGGGACCGGUUCGUCCCCAGCCAACAACGAGCCGGAAAAGGAGGACCUCGAGCCUGAGAUCCGGAUAGUGAACGGGAAGCCAAAGAAAGUCCGGAAACCCCGCACCAUCUACUCCAGUUUCCAGCUGGCGGCCCUGCAGCGGCGUUUCCAAAAGACUCAGUACCUGGCGCUGCCCGAGCGAGCCGAGCUGGCGGCGUCUCUGGGCCUCACGCAGACUCAGGUCAAAAUCUGGUUCCAGAACCGCCGAUCUAAGUUCAAGAAGAUGUGGAAAAGCGGCGAGAUCCCCUCGGAGCAACACCCUGGGGCCAGCGCUUCGCCCCCGUGUGCUUCGCCGCCGGUCUCCGCGCCGGCCUCCUGGGACUUCGGCGCGCCGCAGCGCAUCGCGGGUGGCGGCGGCGGCCCGGGCAGCGGCGGCAGCGGCGCGGGCAGUUCGGGCUCCAGCCCCAGCAGCGCGGCCUCGGCUUUCCUGGGCAACUACCCUUGGUACCACCAGGCCUCGGGCUCCGCGUCACACCUGCAAGCCGCAGCGCCGCUGCUGCACCCCGCGCAAACCCCGCAGCCGCACCACCACCACCACCAUGGCGGCGGGGGCGCCCCGGUGAGCGCGGGGGCGAUUUUCUAACCCCAGGGAGACCGCGCCAGAGACUGAGAGAGCAGAGAUCCUCAGUGCUCGCCCCCGUCCCCAAGCAAGCGGAGGAUCCCUGCUCCAGGCCCGCCACCGCCGGCCACCUCUGCGCGGGGCUGC